UAUACAUUUAUUCUGUCUUUUUGGGUAAAAAUUUGUAGAUUUUCAGCUAUGGUUUUCUUCAUCAUUCCCAUCUUAUUUCUUCACCUUGUCUCAGGUUCAGAUCCUCUCUCCACAUGGUGUCCACCUGAAUUCCCAGAAUACACUCUGAACUCUACAUUUCAUAACAACCUUGAGCUUCUUCUUGGGUCGCUUUCCUCCAACAUUUCAGUCUCAGGUUUCUAUAACACAUCCAUUGGAGAAGAGCCAGAUAAGGUCUAUGGACUUGCACUAUGCAGAGGAGACAUAAACUCCACAACCUGUAAGGAUUGUGUUGAGAAAGCAAGCCAAGAUAUACUCAACAAAUGUAGGAUUCAAGAUGCUAUUAUAUGGUAUGAUCUCUGUCAAGUAAGAUACUCCUUUCAGAUGUUCAUUUCAAUGAUGGUUUAUACUGGGAAGUAUCCGGAUGAAAACAAUCAGGCAAAGGAUGUGGCAGAUCCUGCUCGAUUCAGCCAGGUUCUGAUGCACUUAAUGAACAACCUGUCCAAUGAGGCCGCAUUUGUUCCUUCCAAGAACAUGUUUGCUUCUGGGGAAAUUAAAUUUUUUCCGAGAAUUACAAUUUAUGGUCUAGUACAAUGCACAAGAGACAUCUCUGAAACACUAUGCUAUAACUGCUUGAGUUCUGCAAUAGGAGACCUUGGAGCUUGCUGCUCAUCCCAUGAAGGUGGGAUAGUUCUUAGUCGAACUUGCAACGUGAGGUUUGGAUUGUCUCAGUUCUUCAAUACUUCUUCUCAGUACCUUGUGGUUUACCCAAAUUCUAAAGGAGGGAAAUGGAAGACGUGGAUGCUUGUUCUGAUUAUAUGUGCACCACUGUUCUUAUUAGCACUUCUUACUGGUUUCUGUGUUGCCUAUUUUCAUAAAAAACAAAGGGAAGACAGAGAUGAUCAAAAAAGCGAAAAGAUGCUACUACAACAAUUGGGGACCCCCAAGAGUGUAACUAUUACACAAGAUGGAGAAUUAAUUAGCUCUGAAGAACUUGAGUUUAUGAAUUUUGCAACAAUUAAGAUCGCCACCGAUGACUUUUCUGAUUCAAACAAGCUAGGACAAGGAGGUUUUGGUUCUGUAUACAAGGGUGUACUUCCGGAUGGAAACGAAGUGGCAGUCAAAAGGUUAUCAAGGAAGUCUUGGCAAGGCACAGAAGAAUUCAAAAAUGAGGUCAUUCUGAUCGCAAAACUUCAGCAUAGGAAUCUGGUGAGGCUGUUGGGAUGUGGCUUGGAAGGAGAAGAGAAGUUUCUCGUAUAUGAAUACAUGUCCAAUCAAAGCCUUGACAGAUUCAUCUUUGAUUCAGAAAAACGUUCACAGCUUGAUUGGAAUACAUGUUAUGGCAUUAUCAUGGGUAUAGCUAGAGGAUUACUUUAUCUUCAUGAAGAGUCAAGACUUAGAAUCAUUCAUAGAGACUUGAAACCAAACAAUGUAUUGCUUGACCAUGACAUGGUUGCGAAGAUAUCAGAUUUUGGUAUGGCAAGAAUUUUUUAUGAAAAUCAAAGUACCGCUAAUACCAAAAGAGUUGUGGGAACAUAUGGAUACAUGGCUCCAGAGUAUGCAAUGAGAGGAUUAUUCUCAGCGAAAUCUGAUAUCUUCAGCUUCGGUGUCAUCUUGCUUGAGAUUAUUAGCGGGAAGAGAAGCAGUGGCUUUUAUGCAACUGAACUUGCCUCUACCCUUCUAGCAUAUGCAUGGAGAUUAUGGAAUGAACGGAAAGAAAUGGAAUUUGUGGAUCCUCAUUUAAUGGAAGCAAGUCUCUCUUCAGAAAUUUUGAGGUGCAUGCAUAUAGGACUGCUAUGUGUACAAGAAGACCCAGAAGACAGACCCACCAUAUCAGAUAUUAUGGUUCUGUUAGGAAGUGAACCAGUGUCUCUUCCAAAACCAAAACAACCUGCAUUUUCUGUGGGUAAAUCAGUGCAAGUUGAUCCAUCAUUGAUGACAACUUCCUCUGUGAAUCAUAUAAUGCUCUCUACUGUUCAGCCCAGAUGAUUUUCCAUCUUGUGACAAUGUAAUGGUUUCUUUAAAAGCACAUAUGAAGAGUUAUAUUAGUGUUUGAUAUAUGCUUUUUUUACCACCUUAUCCUUACCCUCCCCCAUUGGAUGGGGAAGGUUGACCCACACGCACACCCACUUCGCUUUUACCAUUUGGGAAUUCAGUUCCACAACAUCCUCUGUAAGGGGAUGUGGAUGCCAUUAAGCGAUAAGAUUCUUGGUUGUUUAAUAUAAUACUUAACUCUCA